GCUACACUCUGCAACCGACCGCCAUCUGGGAGUCAGCGGGAAGGUGGCUGGUGGAGCAGCAGGGUUGGAGUUACACGCCUCCGCCGGAGCAUUUCGCCUUCUCGGCCAGUGUCGUGACCAGCGCCGCCAACAUCAUCCGAGCAAUGACAAACCCAGGGGACCAGAUCGCGUUGAUGGUUCCGCUCUAUGCGCCGCUCCAGAACAUCGUCCUUGCCUGCGAUCGCACCUUGAUACGAUAUCACCUUCAGCAAAACAAGUCCGGCCAGUACGACAUGGACGUCAAGGGAAGCUUGUCUGCCUUACUGGACACCAAGAACAUCAAGAUCCUCAUCCUCUGCAAUCCGCACAACCCAAUUGGCCGUGUGUGGAAGCGUGAGGAGUUGCUCGAUCUUGCCCGGAUCUGUCAGAAGAGAGGUGUCGUGGUCAUGUCAGACGAGAUCUGGGCCGAUUGGUGCUUCGAACGCUUCACUCCAUUUCAGCCUGUUGCGCAAGAGGUGGGUUGCAAGUGCAUCACGCUCGGCGCGCCGACGAAAACUUGGUCAAUGGCCGGCCUACACGCCUCGUAUGUCGUCGUGGCCGACGACGAGUUGCGCAAGCAGUACCUUGAGUACACAGAGCCGAGCUUUCUGACCUUCGCCAGCAUCUUUGCCACUGAGAUGAUGCUCGUGGCUUACGACCGAGGAGGCCCCUGGUUCCAGGCCGCGAAGGCCUACAUCAAGGCGAACAUAGUCUUCUUGGAACACUUCCUCCUGGCCCACGUUCCUGGUGUGCGCCUUGUGCCACACCAGGCCACCUACUUGGCCUGGCUGGACUGCUCUGGUCUGGGCUUCGAUUCCGGAAAGGAGUUGAACAGCUUCAUCCUCCACGAGGCUCGGCUUGUUCUUUCUCCCGGGAGCGAGUUCGACGACGAGAAGUCCUGGCAUUUCCAGCGGAUGAACAUCGCCUGCAGCAGGUGUCUGCUCGAAGAAGCCGGGUCCCGCUUGCUUGCCGCCGUGGCGCGGCGCAGCAGGACUCGAUAG